CUUAGUUUACAUUAGGUAUUUUAAAGAUACUGAAGUCCCUGGAUUCGGCGGUAAACAUGAAAUUGGAUGAGGUUUGUCUUCUUUUAUGCUAACGUGCCCUAGUUGCCAAUCUAUACAGAGUGUAUCGGCAAUAAGACGUAUGUUCUCGAAAGAUUAGAGCCAAACCCAGUUAAAAAUAUUCUUAUGGAUUCUGUUCGUCCCAUAAGGACAAAAGCUCAAGAAGUUCUUACACUCUCACAGAAACAUGCAUUGAAGUACCAAUCAAAACUUAGCAGUUUCACGGCAUCUAUAGCUAAAACAAUAAGGGACGAACCGGUUAUAUUAGCUCGUCUAGGAUUCAUUGUUAGUUGUAGUUUGGGAGGCUGGGUCCUUGGAUAUAAAGGCCGUUCUUUCCGCAAGUUGGUUUACGCAUCCAUAUGUGGUUCUGUUGCAACCGUUGUUUCCUUUCCUAAUGGUUCCUUAUCUAACCUCAAGUACGCCUUUGAUAUAGGGUCGAACAAGUUCUCCAAGAUAGCAGAAAGAUUCAAUUCCUAGGAGGUGUGGGUAUGCACACAGUUUGGUUAUCCGUGAGAUAAUUAACCUACUUCGCAGUGUGUAAUUACAUUUUAGCCUAAUCAGUCAUAAAGUUACGAACAAACUCUUUUUUCUUCAAGGCCUUGGGUUCAGAUAUUCAUUCAUACGAAUCUCUCCAUCGUUUGUAUUCAUCUUAUCGUCCUAGUGUGGUGUGACAACUUGGGUCUACACAUACGAUAGGCUCUUCGUUAAUCGUAAAUUACGGACAGUCGAAUCGUUUGCUAGUGGUCUGAUUUAUGGUUAGAAUACGUCAUAUAUAUGUAUAUAUAUAUAUAU